GGCUGAGCGCGGCGGAGAGAGCGGGCGCGAGCACACAGCGCAGAGUUCAACAUUUCAUUUAAAAUUACACUUUUAUUUUCAAUAUUAUCUGCUGUCCGUUAAAGACUGAGCGAUGGCCCAGGAGACCAACCAGAGCCCCGUGCCCAUGCUCUGCACCACCGGCUGCGGGUUCUAUGGGAACCCACGGACUAAUGGCAUGUGUUCGGUGUGUUAUAAGGAGCACCUCUCCAGGCAGAACAGUGGGGGUGUGAGUCCCCUCAGUAACAUGGGUUCUAGCAGUGUAACCGGCAGCCCCACCUCCGAGGCGUCUGCGAUCCAGAUCAUCGAGGCCAGUUUAAACAAUUCUGUGAGUGAAGCUGAGUCGCCCGCCGGGGCCGCCGCUGCACUUCCUGUUACGCAGCAGAUGACCGAGAUGAGCAUUUCAUGUGAAGAGGAAGUGGCAGCGCCUAAAGUAGAAAUCCCUGAACCUGUUGUAACUCAGCCCACGUCCUCCUCUUCCUCCUCGGUGAACACGGCGGUCAGCGCCGAGACCAAAACCCCUGACGUCCCCAAACCCAAGAAAAACCGCUGCUUCAUGUGUCGCAAGAAGGUCGGCCUUACAGGGUUCGACUGUCGCUGUGGAAACCUCUUCUGUGGACUUCACCGUUACUCAGACAAGCACAACUGCCCCUACGACUACAAAGCUGAGGCCGCAGCGAAGAUCCGCAAAGAGAACCCUGUGGUGGUGGCCGACAAAAUCCAGAGAAUAUAAAUCACCUGCUGUUUCCUUUGGCUUUGAUCUUUGACCCUCAUUUCCAGGAGAGAUAUAACUUUAACAAAAAGGAAAAAAACAAACAAAAGGACUCGCACCUGACCUGCGAUCUAAAGGACUAUUUUUAUUUUUAAUGACAUUGAUCUUGUUUUUCAGCUGAUGCAUGAGUGGAGUGUUCUGGUUUUUGUUUUUGUCCUCAGUGUAUGAUGGGAGUUUAAAAGGUGGGGGAAAGUGGGCGGGGUCUAAACCAUCUCCUCCUGAGUGUUGGAUUGUGUGGUUUUGGGGGCGGGGUGUCUUUGUGAUUGUCAGGUCGUUGUGAUCGUGUUCGUCUGGCGUCUCACCGUGGAGGACGGACACGUCGUAGCCUGCAGGACUUCACACGACUGUUAAGGCUCUGACUCGAGCGCCGUCAGGGCAGCAGUGCAUGGCUGGCUCAUGUAGCACAAAGGAAAAAAGAAAUAAAACACAAUGGACGCUCACUUCUUCUCCUCUAGUUUUUGAAGAGUUCACAGGUUCCUCAUGGCAUGACUCCCAAAACUAGCCUUCACAGCGUUAGCUCAGUUUAUCCGCCUGUGCCUCAGACCAUCCCAUGUCACCUUUUUAAAAAAAAAAAAAAAAAAUCCUUUUUCCCUUUGAUUUAUUUUCCUUUCUGGUCUUGUGUGACACUUUCACGUUUAGUGUAGCACGGACAGAUGAAAUGUUUAGUCUUUGUGUUCUGACCCUCACCGGAGUGUGCGUGAGUUUUAUUCGGAGGCGGAUUAAAGGGUGACCUGCAUGGAUAGAGAAAUAAAUAACUACUAAAGUAUGUUAGGUUUUUAACAGCUACAUGCUCAUAGGCCUUGUUUUCCCAUGAAUAAUCCACGUCUGUACUGAACGUUGCUUUCUGAUUGAUUUAUUCUUGUAUGUGUGAGUGUUGUGGAGCGUCACAUGGUGCUGAGUGUUAUGCAGUGUUUUCACUGUGGUGCGUGUGUAUGUUUACGCAGUAAAGUUUCUGUCUGUCAGUUGAGUUGUGUGGUUUGUGGAAGCGAACCCCCUUAUUAUAUUUAUUAGCUGUAUUGCGCAUCUAAUCUUGUUACCCAACAUUAAAGUGUAUCAUGUAAAUAAAAUUAUGUACAGAGAUCUAA